GCUUCAUGCUCAUUUCUACAACGACGUCUCUUAAAACCAAGUUAUAGGACAGAUCCCUCGUUAUGAUCCCAAUAUACUCCUCUCUCCGGUCAGGAGCUACUCCAGCUGCACACCUCCCACAAUGCCUCAAAACCUGUCGACAUAAUGCUCCCCACUCACUACGCCAAAGGCCGCAGUUGCGGACUUUUUUUCAAUCAGCUAGACACCCUCAACAACACGGACCGUCGCAGCAAUGGCAAGCCGCUCGAGAACAUGCAAGAAUAAAGAACCAGACAGCUUUGUAUGUCGUCAAGAGACGAAGGAAGAUUCAGAGAAGAUAGUUGCUAACACAAAAUGCAUAGGUUCUAUGGCCUCAGUCUGGGAAUUGGAGUCGUUGCGGUUUCAUAUGCUUCUGUGCCUCUUUAUAAAAUGAUCUGCCAACAAACAGGCUGGGGAGGUCAACCUGUGAAAGCUCACGACUCGGGCGGCGACCCGACAGUACGUCUCAAGCCGGUGGAAGAUCACCGCCGCCUACGCAUUACAUUUCACGGGUCUGUGUCAGACGUUUUGGAUUGGAAGUUCACGCCUCAACAACGGGAAGUCCGGGUACUUCCUGGCGAGACGGCGUUGGCCUUUUUCACAGCUACAAACAAGAGUGACAAGGACAUCAUUGGCAUUGCCACAUACUCGGUGACCCCAGGCCAGGUCGCCCCAUAUUUUAGCAAGAUCCAAUGCUUCUGCUUUGAAGAGCAGAGGCUGAACGCAGGCGAGACCGUGGACAUGCCUGUAUUCUUCUUUAUCGACCCAGAAUUCGUCAAGGACCCAGCAAUGGCCAAGAUCGACACAAUCACCCUGAGCUAUACCUUCUUCAAGGCAAGAUAUGACGACAACGGAGUCUUGACCACGCUCCCUCUAGGCAUGGCACCAGCAUGAACAGACACCGACUAUUAUCAAUUAACGAAUCAUCUCCCCUUCAACCACUCAACGAGAUCGUCCACUCCUCGAUCUGGUGGAAAGACCGGGUACCACCAUUUGACGAUCAGCCCACCUUCGACUGCAAUCAUCGACCUCUUCAAGACCUUUGUGUCAUUCCAUUCAAAUGUCGGCAAGUGAAGGGUUUGUUGAAAGGUCAAAUCCUCGUCACUGAGCAAGUCAUACGGCAGACGAAGCCUGGCGUGGACCUCGGCCUGAUAUGCCGGAGACUGAGUCGAGAUACCAUAGACGGCAGUUACUCCCAAGGAGCGUAACUGGGAGAAAUUGUCUCGAAAGGAACAGGCUUGCGGGGUACAGCCACGAGCGCCGGGUGUUUCAUUCCACGAAUCCGGAAUCUUCUCAUUCGGUGCGCCUAAAAGGGAAGUCGAACAACGAUCGUCAGUGCCUCUUCAUCCAAAUGAAUGGGAAUGGACCUAGCAUACCCGUUCUAGGAUAGAUGAAGAGAAUAGUCAAGCCAGGAAGAUUGGCAAGCACGACUUUGUUGGAAGGAUCCCUGGCCACCGGCAAUGAAAUAUCGGUGGGGAUGCGAAAGCCGCUGGUCAAAUGAUCAUAUUGACCAUCAUCCUUGGGUACUGGUAGGUCGUCGGGAAAUGAGGUAUCUUAUCCUCUCAGAUAAAUGUAUGAUUAGUAGAUAUAUAUAUUUCACAGGACUAAAACUGUGAUGAUGAAAUGAUGCAACACAUAACCCAUAAUACACGAGAGCCAAAGAAUAGGUAGGUGAUAGCA